AUUUCUUGUAAAUAUGAAAAAGAACAUUUAUUGUCAUUAAAAUGAAUUCAAUAGAGUGUUAAAUUUUAUAACGGCAAAAAAACCUGGCGCCAUCUUUUUUCUCUGUUUUCGAUUCUGUCCAAAUAUAUGAAAGAUAUGUUUUUCUGGCGAUCAGGUGAAAUUGGAGAGAGUUAACCGGUGGCUAUGGACAGUAACUCAGGAGAUGGGGUUGGUGAUGGAAUGGGGGAUUCUUUCAUGGGGAGUCAAUUUGUUAUGGAAGGUGGUGGAGAUGGAGAGGAAUUAGGAGCCACCGAGAAUGAUGAUGAUAACAGGGGAGAUAAUGAGCCUCUAAGAGAACAGGAUCGAUUUUUACCCAUUGCAAAUGUUGCCAGAAUUAUGAAGAAAUCUAUACCAAAAACAGGAAAAAUAGCAAAAGACGCUAAAGAAACUGUACAGGAGUGUGUAUCCGAAUUUAUUAGCUUCAUCACUAGCGAAGCGAGUGAACGAUGCCACCAGGAGAAAAGGAAAACUAUUAAUGGAGAGGAUAUCCUGUUUGCAAUGUCCACAUUGGGGUUUGAUAGUUAUGUGGAACCACUGAAGCAAUAUCUACAAAAAUAUAGAGAGUCCUCCAAAGGAGAAAAAGGUGGCCCAGCUCUGGGAGCCGAGGGAACCAUUGAUGAACUGGGGGAAGAGACAUUCUCCCAGACUUUGUCAUCAAGUCUGCUGACAAAUGAACAGACAAAUGCACAGGGCGUCAUCUAUACACAAUACUCUGGAGCGCUUCCCCAGAAUAUGAGCUUUUCAUGAUUCUGAAGUACCUGGAUGAUGACCUCUGUGUGUGUGUAUUAUAAAGACAGAGCCUCGGAACGCUUUUAAUGCGUAGAGGAAGAAAUUAAUCAGAUCAUGACAGGGUGUGUUGUUUUCUUUAUGGUUUGUGACUGUCAUAUAUAGAGAUUGUGUGGUGCUAUGUAUCAAGUUAAUGGCAAGCUACACUGCCUGUUUGCAGCAGCAUUUUACAGCUGUUAAUUUAUCAGAUAAUAUUUUAUGAUUUAUGAUUAAAAUUUAUUUAAAACUAAUAAUUUAAUAAUUUAAAAACUUUUGAUUGAAUAUAAUUUUUGUUAGUAGGUGUACCAGUUAUAUUUUUAAAAAAUGUUUUAUUAUAAUUUACAGCAUGGCUU